UGCUUCCUUGCUCUUGUGUGUCAACUUCUUGCAAAGCUUUUCUCUAGCAAGGAAGCGGAUUGUCCCGCCUAGGGGGCAGUCAGUAUCAUCGCGGCCAUCAGGAGGGUGAGGGAGAGACAUUCAAAUCCCUCAGCUAGCAACAGCAUAGCUGCAAACACGCCGCGGGUGACUACAGUCAUCCUGCUAGAACUACACUGAGGCUGUAACGCAGCGGCCAGAGCUUGCGGGAUCUCGGAACUUUACAACACAGAGCAGUUUGGCCUGUUAGCGUAAUAUCUGUUGGCAAGAAGAGCAUGUGAUAGAUACUGGAGAAGCGUCUGCAGGAAGAGCUGAUCUGCUGGGAGAGCCCACGGGUGGGCUACAUACACAGGGCACCGUGAUCACAGGUCACCAGAGGACGCACAUGAAAUGGCUCUGACACCUGUGUAGUGCGAGCUGUUUGGUUCCCCUCUUUUACUGUAUUGCGAGCUCUCUCUGCUGCUAAGCCCGCGGACUCUCCCUUCCUGCCCGCACUCGCUGCCACAGUAUAAGGAGACAUGAGUGACAGCAGCGAAGGGAUUGCUUUUACUGUACCCGGGGUGUCCCAGUGCUGCAUGUAUGAAGACAAAGCUGGACACAGGCACCAAGCAGCAGCAGCCUGUAGCGGCGACGGGGGCAGGCUCCCUGCAGCUGGCAGCUUCUGGCACGCGGAAUAUAUACAUGGUGCCGGUGCUGCAGUCAAAUGUGCCAAAGGGAUAGCACCAACUUGCGCCUCCAGUAAUACAAGCCGCAGUACCACAGUGGUCUAUGUGAUCAAUGAGGGCACCUCGGAGCUGCAGGCCUGUGAGAACGCUGCCCUCCACAGCCUGGAAGAGGCGUGCGAGAGCCACGGGGCAACACUGGAGACGCUGCACUUCGGCAAGCUGGACUUCGGGGAAACCACUGUGCUUGAUCGCUUCUAUAAUGCGGAUAUUGCGGUUGUAGAAAUGACUGAUGCUUUUCGCCAGCCCUCCCUGUUCUACCAUCUGGGUGUUAGAGAAAGCUUCAGCAUGGCUAAUAAUAUCAUCCUGUAUUGUGAUACAAACUCUGAAUCUCUACAGUCGCUAAAGGAAAUUGUUUGCCAAAAGAAUAAUAUGUGCACUGCUAAUUACACAUUUAUUCCUUAUAUGACUACACCACAUAACAAGGUGUUCUGCUGUGAUAGCAGCUUCAUGAAAGGAUUGACCGAAUUGAUGCAGCCUAACUUUGAGCUACUUCUCGGCCCCAUCUGUUUGCCCCUGGUAGAUCGCUUUAUUCAAAUUUUGAAGAUGGCACAGGCCAGCUCCUGCCAGUAUUUCCGAGAAGCCAUUCUUAAUGACAUCCGUCGUGCACGCAACCAGUACACUGGGAAGGAGCUGGCUGCAGAGCUGACACGAAUACGCCAGCGUGUGGAUAAUAUAGAAGUUUUAUCGCCUGAUAUUAUUAUCAAUUUUCUCUUGUCGUAUAGAGAUAUACAGGAUUAUGAUUCAAUCGUGAAGCUAGUGGAAACCUUGGAAAGACUGCCAACCUUUGAUUUGUCCUCCCAUCUACACGUGAAGUUUCAUUACGCGUUUGCUCUAAACAGGAGGAAACUACCAGGGGACAGGGAGAAAGCCCUUGAGAUAAUGAUGCCCAUGGUAGAACGUGAGGACCAGGCUGCUUCAGACAUGUAUUGCCUGGUAGGAAGGAUAUACAAAGAUAUGUUUCUGGAUUCUAACUUCACAGAUAACGAGAGCCGGGACAAUGGCAUAUUCUGGUACAGGAAAGCCUUUGAAUCCGAGCCAACGCUUCAAUCUGGAAUUAAUUCUGCUGUGCUGCUUCUGGCUGCUGGGCAGGAAUUUGAUUCUUCAUUUGAACUUCGAAAAAUAGGGGUGAAACUCAGCAGCCUCCUUGGUAAAAAGGGACACCUGGAAAAACUGCAAAGUUACUGGGAUGUAGGGUAUUAUAUGGGGGCUAGUGUAUUGGCAAAUGACCAUACAAAAGUAAUUCUGGCUGCGGAAAGACUUUUCAAACUGAAGACACCUGCUUGGUACUUGAAUUCAGUUGUGGAGACCAUUUUAAUAUACCAGCAAUUUAAGAAACCAAACCUAGAGAAACAUGUAUCCAAGCAAGAGCUUGUGGAUUUUUGGAUGGAUUUUCUUGUGGAAUCCACAAAUACAGAUGUUUCUGUGGUACGCUUUCCGAUCUUGAUCCUAGAACCCACAAAAAUCUACCAGCCAUCAUAUCUGUCAAUCAACAGUGAAGCUGAUGAGAAAACUGUGUCUAUUUGGCAUGUUCUUCCAGAUGAUAAGAAAGGAAUUCAUGAGUGGAAUUUCAUUGCUUCUUCCAUUCGAGGUGUAAGCAUUUCAAAGUUUGAAGAAAGGUGCUGUUUUCUGUAUGUGUUAUACAACUCUGAUGACUUCCAGAUCUACUUCUGCACAGAGCUUCACUGUAAAAAAUUUUUUGACAUGGUAAACAGUAUUACUGAAGAGAAUGGAAAAAACGGAGACGAAGUGGAUUGUGAUGGAGAUGCACUUGAAUUCGAUUAUGAAUAUGAUGAAAAUGGUGAUAGAGUUGUAUUGGGAAAAGGUACCCAUGGAGUGGUAUAUGCAGGACGAGACCUCAGUAACCAAGUCAGAAUAGCUAUAAAAGAAGUUCCUGAGAGGGACAACAGGUACUCACAGCCACUCCAUGAAGAGAUUGCACUGCACAAGCAUCUCAAACACAAGAAUAUUGUCCAGUAUAUGGGGUCUUUCAGUGAAAGUGGAUUUAUUAAGAUUUUUAUGGAGCAGGUUCCUGGAGGAAGUCUUUCUGCGCUUCUACGAUCAAAAUGGGGACCUUUGAAAGACAAUGAACAAACCAUUGGAUUUUAUACUAAACAGAUCCUUGAAGGCUUGAAAUAUCUUCAUGACAAUCAGAUAGUACAUCGAGACAUAAAGGGUGAUAACGUGUUGAUAAACACAUAUAGCGGUGUUCUAAAAAUCUCUGACUUCGGUACGUCGAAGAGGCUUGCUGGUAUCUACCCAAAUACAGAAACAUUUACUGGCACUCUUCAGUACAUGGCUCCAGAAAUAAUAGAUAAAGGACCAAGAGGAUACGGAAAACCUGCAGAUAUCUGGUCCCUGGGCUGCACAGUAAUAGAAAUGGCUACAGGAAAACCUCCCUUUUAUGAACUAGGAGAACCACAAGCUGCCAUGUUCAAAGUUGGCAUGUUUAAAAUCCAUCCAGAAAUACCCGAAUCCAUGUCGGCAGAGGCUAAGGCUUUUCUACUGCUGUGUUUUGAGCCAGACCCAGUGAAACGAGCUACUGCUGUUGAGUUACUUAUGGAUGAUUUCUUGAGGGUCUCCAGUAGGAAACGAAAGUCCCAGCUUAAACUAUCCGCCCUCUCUCCAGCAUCAAAUGAAUAUCUGAGAAGUAUAUCAUUGCCAGUGCCAGUGAUGGUGGAAGAUACAAGCAGUAGCAGUGACUAUGGAUCAGUUUCACCAGACACAGACUUAAGAUCAGAGCCUUUCUCAUUUAAAACAAGAGCUAAAUCUUGCAUAGACAAGGAGGGGAAAACUCAAAGAAGUUUAUUCCUUGGGAUCCCUGAUGAGCAAUUUGAAGAUCACAGUGCUCCUCCUUCUCCUGAGGAAAGAGAUUCUGGGUUCUUCAUGUUGAAGAAGGACAGUGAAAGGAGAGCCACCCUGCAUCGCAUUCUCACUGAGGACCAAGAUACGGUGGUUAGGAACCUGAUGAAAACACUAGGCCAGGGUGCAGAACAAAUCAUAUUAAAGUGGGAACAUAUAACAACAUUGGUGACCAGCCUACGGGAGUUUGUUAGGUCUACUGACCGGAAGAUCAUUGCCUCUACUCUAUCAAAACUGAAGCUGGAGCUGGAUUUUGACAGUCAUGCUAUCAGUCAGGUCCAAGUGGUACUAUUUGGUUUUCAGGAUGCGGUCAACAAGGUACUUCGAAACCACAACAUCAAGCCUCACUGGAUGUUUGCUCUAGAUAGCAUUAUUCGCAAGGCCGUUCAGAUAGCCAUCACCACAUUAGUUCCAGAAUUGCGGCCACAUUUUAGCAUCACCUCUGAAAGUGACCCAGCAGACCAAGAUGACAUUGAGGUGGAGGAAGACUGCAAUGCACACACUAUACCUGAGGCCAGUGAGGUGCCUAAUGCAGCGAAUGAAGAUAAUGUGCAUACCUCAGGGGUGAGCACCCUCAGCUCCACUGUAUCCCAUGACUCUCAGAAUGUUCCCAGGCUACUUAGCAUGCAACUUGGUAGACUAAAGAUUGAGUCUAAUAGGCUUCUAGAGGAACUGUUACAGAAAGAAAGAGAAUUCCAAAUUUACCUACGGCAGGCUAUUGAGGAGAAGGAUCAAGAUAUAAAACGGCUUCAGCUCAGAUCACAGCCAAUAAAUAUACCUGGUAUUUCUGUAUCUCACAUAAGACCCUCUAAUACCCACAAUGAAGACCUAGAACUCGUCUAUUGGCUGCAGCAGCAACAAGUGGAUGAAGAUACAAUAAACAAGUUUAUAGCAGAAGACUAUCGACUGGAAGAUAUUCUGUGGCAUGUGACCAGAGACGACCUGAAGUCCAUGCAGCUAAGGGGAGGAACCUUGUGUGCAAUCUGGAAGGCUAUCAUGGACUUCAGAGAGAAACAAUCCUCUUGACAAAAGGCUCCCUAGAGGUGUAAUUUGGGCCAGGUUUCCUGGUGGAGAAACUGCUGCACUUUAUUCCAGUGUUUGUUUACCAAUGUGAAAUCACUGCAUAAUCGCAGUGUUCAGUCCUGCUGCCCCCUGAUAUCCCCCUAAGACAUAGGUCUAUGGAGGGAUUGCAAUCUGCAGAAUAAUGGACACGUUCCAUUUUAAGUUGUACUAAUCUUCCAUUUCAUUACGGAGUAGAACCCAGCCUCCCCUUCCACUGCUGAUUGUGGGUGGCAAUACUAUUCAGUGGGCGGUAUUCAAUUCUUUUCACCCCCUUCCACAUCCGUUCUGUUUCUGCUGAUGGGCGUGGUAUAAUCAUUUCAGCUCGCUACCCCUGGGGUAACGAGGGUGCACAACCCUUUACGCAGCUAAACCUGAUUACUAUGGACGCAAUAUGUGCGAUAACGGUGAUCACUUUAGAAAGGAGAUCGGGCGUGAUAUAUCAUGUGAAUACCCCCCUCCCCCCCAAUAUGUCAGAUUAUGUGAAACCUGAAUGUGCUAAUAAUGUGUAAACCUAGAUGUGAGAACACUUUUUUUUUUAAUUUUUCAACAAUACUUAUUUUGCUUUUGUAUUGGUGGGUCACUUAUGAAAUCACUGGGAACAGUGUGUCCUUCCUAUAUGUUAGAUGGUGACAUUUGUUUUCUCUCAUUGUUAUCCGAGAGAUGCUUUUAUUCAUGUUUUUUGUGAAGAUGAAUUUUGAGUUUAAUUUCUUGGACAAUUGUGCAUUUAUUUUUCAUUUCAACAUUACCAAACUGUACCAGUUCAACACACUGUAAGUGAAUUUUACCAACGCCGGCUUGUUCUAAAGCUGUUGUGAUAUUUAGUCUGACAGUAAACCUCUGAAAUAAA